GGUACGACUGCCAAUAACACACUGGAAGAGAAAUGUGGCUGACGGCGUGGUUAAUAUUGCUGCUGGUUUUGUACCUUUUCAUUAGGUCUUUUCGCCGUUCGUCCUCGAGUCCUAACCCCUUCGCUGUUGAUACAAGGAGACCACCAGAGCUGCUGGUGACAGACCAAGAAGCAAGAAAGAAAGUCCUCCACAAUGGGUUUUCUGCAAAGAAGGUGCCAGGACAACUGGAUGCCAUUGUGGUUGGCAGCGGAAUUGGUGGGCUUGCAGCUGCAGCAAUAUUGGCGAAGUCUGGCAGGCGGGUUUUGGUGCUAGAACAGCAUGACCAAGCUGGGGGAUGCUGUCACUCGUUUAUUGAAGAAGGUUUCGAAUUUGAUAUCGGAAUCCACUACAUAGGAGAACUCCAUAAGCAUUCCUUACUGCGAACUUUAACAGACCAGAUCACAGAUGGGCAACUGGAAUGGGCGAAGAUGGAUGAUGUCUUUGACUAUGUAAUCCUGGGGGAGCAUGAGAAUUUACGCACAUAUCAAUUAUACAGCAGCGAGGGAAGUUAUCAACAUUGUUUGAAUACACAGUUUCCUGAGGAAAAAGAAGCUAUUGACAAAUACCUAAAGCUUAUAAAGAUGGUCAGAAGACAACUUCCACUAUUUGUCAUAAUAAAAAUGAUCCCUCUUCAACUGGCCAGGUUCCUCAUACGGACUGGCAUCAUCCACUGGUUCACAUCAAUUUUCAAGCUGGCUUCUACCUCACUUUUAGAUGUGGUUAAUGACUGGACAAAGAAUAAAGACCUUCGAGCAGUCAUCUGUUACUGCUGUGGUGAUUAUGGAGUCAUGCCCAGAGAUGCCAGCGUUGUGAUGCAUGCCGUGGUUGCUCAGCAUUACCAGAAAGGUGCAUGGUACCCAAAAGGAGGGGCUAGCGAGAUAGCCUUUCACAUAAUCCCAGUUAUCAGGAAAAGUGGAGGAGAUGUCCUUGUGAGGGCACCUGUUCGGCGUAUAUUAGUAAAUGAUGAAGGCGCAGCAUAUGGUGUGACUGUGAAGAAGGGUGAGGAUGAAAUAAACCUGUUUGCUCCCAUUGUGAUUUCUGAUGCAGGAGUAUUUAAUACCUAUGAGGAACUAUUGCCACGUGAAGUGCAGAGUAAACCAGCAAUCCAGGCACUGCUGAGCUCACUACACCAUGGAGUGGGAGGAUUAAGCGUAUUUGUUGGCCUUAAUGGUACUGCAGAAGAGUUGGGGUUGAAAGCAGCAAAUUACUGGUUCUUUGAGGAGAAUGAUAUUGAUGAGCUAUACACAAAUUACUUCUCACUCAAGGAUAAAGAUUUCACUGAAAGAUGUCCAAUGACAUUUGUAUCCUUUCCAUCAGCUAAAGAUCCUACUUGGAAUGACAGGUUUGAAGGCAAAUCCAGUAUGAUUAUAGUGACCAUAGUACGUUAUGAGUGGUUUGAAAACUGGAAAGAUGAACGUGUGAAGAAGCGAGGAGAAGACUAUGAAAAUUUAAAGGCGGAUAUUGCCAGAAGUUUGAUUGACCAAACUACUGAGUACUUUCCACAACUCAAAGACAAGAUUGAGUUCAUCAAUGUUGGUUCUCCACUCACCAAUCAGUUUUACAUUGCUGCUUCGCGUGGAGAGAUGUACGGUGUUAACCAUGAUUUGUCCCGGUUCACUCCAGAGAACAUUGCCUCCUGUAGAGGAAAAACUCCAGUCAGGAACCUUUACUUAACAGGUCAGGAUGUAUUUUCAUGUGGUUUCGUUGGAGCCAGCUAUGGGGCCGUUACUUGUGCAUCUGAAGUUCUUCACCGUAAUCUGUACUACGAUAUCUUGAAACUUAGGAAGAACAUCAAAAAAGGCGAAGCCAAAAAGGAAGCUUAAGUGUGCAGAGAAUGCUUAAUAAUGCAGUGUUAAGGUUUUAAUUCUGCUUUAGUGAUAACCAACAUUGACAAGGGAGGUCAAAUGCCUCAGAUGGUUUUGUCUAUUUAGUCUGUUAUGAGCGUGUGGUCAUUUACUGAGACUGUUUCUUUCAGAGCGCCUGAGUGAGGUGGGACUAUGACGUGAGUCACAGGCUGACACUGCUGACUGUGGACUUCAACGGGAGGGGGGUGUGGGGAGAGGGACAGCUUGUCACAACUGAGGCGUGGAACUCUCCUAUGCCCACCAGGGAGGGUUGAUCAUCGGCACGCAGUGCAUAACUAAAAAGUGACUGUCACAUUGUAUAAUCCAUAAGAGUGGAUUUUGGAAUAUCCUGUGGGACCAUUUGUGUAACCCUUGCCUGGAUAUGUUGUGUGGUAACCACUCAAAGACAUAUUCCUGUGACAGGUCGCUUUUGGUGGUAAUUGGUAUGAAUUUGGGACGACUUGAUGGACAAGAUCUUCGACGACUUAUCUCGUUGGAAUUUGAUGUGAAUUGCCCCCUCUACAUCUCACUCUGAAUUAAAAAAUCUUUCUCCAAUCAUCAUUUAUUCUGUGGGUUACUGAACCGUACUAAUUUGCCAUCUUAGCACUUUAAUAACUAUUCCUAAACUUGAUGGUUACACACAUACCCAUAACACUGUUAAUUUUUGGUUUAUCUUAAGUAGACACUAAUAAAGAUAGUGGUUUUAAUAUUAAAA